AUGGCGGGGCUGUGCCGGGCCCUGAGCCGGGCUCUGCCGAGCCGGACACUGCCAAGCCGGGCCGUGCUGUGCCGGUCGAUGUGCCGGGCGGCGGCGCGGCCCGGGCAGGUCCCCAGGGCCCGGCCGUGGGGCUGGGGGCUGGCGCUGGGGCUGGCCGUGGGGGUCCGGGGCGAGGCGGACGGAGGGCGGGAGGAGGAGCCGCCGCCCCCGCGGGGCUUCGGCGCGGCCGUGGAGCGGAGCAGGGACCUGCUGCGGAGGGUCAAGGAUGAAGCAGGAAUCCCAGGUAUAAUCGUUGGAGUUUCUGUGGAUGGAAAGGAAGUCUGGUCAGAAGGUCUGGGCUAUGCUGACGUGGAGAACCGUGUCCUGUGUAAGCCAGAGACCAUCAUGAGAAUCGCCAGCAUUAGCAAGUGUCUCACCAUGAUGGCUGUGGCUAAACUGUGGGAAGAGGGGAAACUGGAUUUAGAUGCUCCAGUGCAGAAAUACGUCCCUGAAUUUCCAGAAAAAGUCUACGAGGGCGAAAAGGUCACUAUUACGACCAGACUGUUGGUUUCACAUCUGAGUGGGAUCCGCCACUACGAAAAAGACAUCGCGAAAGUGAAAGAAGAGAAGGAAAAGGCAAACAGAGCACUGAGGCCGACCAAACCCCACCAGGAUAAAGAACAAAGAGAAGGCAAAGGGACUGAAAAACCUGAUUCUGCCAAACCAAGGAAGGAACAGGACGGUGAGACGAGAACUAGGAACUCGAAACCUGGCAGGAGGGACAAGGAGUUUGAGCAGGAAGAGUAUUACUUGAAGGAAAAAUUUGAAAGUGUGAUUGACUCACUGAAGAUAUUUAAAAAUGAUCCUUUAUUCUUUAAACCAGGCAGUCAGUUCUUGUACUCAACAUAUGGCUUUACUCUCUUAAGUGCUGUUGUGGAGAGAGCUGCAGGACAAAAAUUUACAGACUACAUGCUGAAAAUGUUUCGUGAUCUGGAUAUGCUGUCCACUGUGCUGGAUGACAAUGAGGCAAUGAUAUAUAACAGAGCAAGGUAAGCAAGGAUGAAACUUGGUUUUUUCCCCCCAACAACUGUCGCUCUUUCUGCCUUUAUUAAGCCAGUUGAGUUAAGAAUGUGUGACACUUUUUCCAGACUUAUAAAUGAAGUGUUGUGUGUUAUCUCCAAGUUAGUCAUGAAGCUGCUUCCAAUACCAUGGCAUUGGUUCUGUAAUUAAUGUGUAAAAUUACAGAGUAGGAAAUAAAUGUUUCCUGUUGUAAGAGUAAAUAUGGGGGAAGUGGGAAGGGUGUCUUGGAAGUUUACCUUUACUUUGGGUACAAAUAAGCACAUAAAUGUAAAUACAGUAAAAUAAGGAGUAACUA